CGGAGGGAGUAUUAAUGUUAGGGAACUUAAUUUUAUACCCGCUUACUUCGCUAGGAUAGCACUGAUUUUAUCUUUAUUUGAGAUCAUUAGGUGUUCUAGACAGUGGCCCCGCUCUUCAAGUUAUCGAGCAGUUGUUUGUUCUCGGGAUAAUUUGCUGCGGAUAGUUAUAAAUUGUUUGUAUUUACCAGUAGACAUUGGUACAGAUGACGGUAUUUUCUGGUAGUUUCUAACUAAAAUUCUCUACAAGUAUAAAGAAUGCCCUCUCUCUCUUGCUUAAGAAGUUUGUCCCGUUCUUUCAGGGAGCUGUUGCUGGACUUUUAUUUUAGUUUCUAAAGCUCGGGAACCUAAAGAUAUUGUAGUUUUCAGGGAUGGCGAGUUGAUCAACGAUGAUGGCAUACAAGAUGAGCUUGAUGCAAUGAAGAAGGUUUGAAUGUGCAGCUUAGUUUUUCAAUGAGACCUAUUCUUUCUCUGAUCACCAAAUGUGAAACAUAUUGUCUAUACGCCUGCCAACAUUUGGAGCAUAGUAAUGGAUGGAUUCCACGUUUCACAGUCAUUAUUGCACUAAAGAACCACCACGCUAAGUUUUUCCUCUACAACUCAGUGGACAAUGUUGCUCCUGGGACUGUGGUUAACAAUACAAUUUGCCAUCCAACUAAGAAUGACUUCUUCAUGUGUGCUCAUGCUGUGCCUGCUGGAAUAGCACAACCCAGACACUACGAAGUUUAUCGUGAUGAAAUUGGAUAUUCAACAGAUGAGAUGCAAGAACUGGUCCAUUCACUGUCUUAUGUGUCUCAAAGAAGUACCACAGCCAUCUCUGAUGUUGCACCAAUACGACAUGCCCAGUUAGCAGCAAAACAGAUGUCACAGCUUCGCUAAGCUGAAAAAGCCGAUGAUGUGCCUCUGCUUCACGGGAAAGUGCGCAGUUACUUUUGGAUAACACAUUUAGAAACUAAUGGUUCUGUAAUAUUGAGAUUUUCGAAUGCGUCACUAGCAGUACUUUUCACAUAUGUCGAUAGCAGUACUAUUCAACUGUUUAGGGAAACUAGUAGAAUUGAUAAUCAUUGAUUAUAUAAAGGCUACCAUCAGAGGAGUUA